GCCUCAUAUUCUGGAGAAUACCAGUCUCUGUAUAUCUAGGGAUUUGCUUGUCUCUUAUUACCCUGUGCAGUGCUGGGGAAGCUGACUGAAGAGAGGCUACAGAAGAACAAGUAGUAUCAGAUAGAGUGAAACCAUGGCCAUCCUGUUUGCCGUUGUUGCCAGGGGCACAACUAUCCUUGCCAAACAUGCCUGGUGCGGAGGGAACUUCCUGGAGGUGACAGAACAGAUCCUGGCUAAGAUACCAUCGGAGAACAACAAAUUGACCUACUCACAUGGAAAUUACCUAUUUCAUUACAUCUGCCAAGACAGGAUUAUAUACCUCUGUAUCACAGAUGACGAUUUUGAACGUUCCAGAGCCUUCAAUUUCCUGAAUGAAACCAAGAAGAGAUUUCAGACCACAUAUGGGUCAAGAGCACAGACAGCCCUGCCAUACGCCAUGAACAGCGAGUUCUCCAGUGUUUUGGCUGCACAACUAAAAUACCACUCGGAGAACAGGGGUUCUGACCCAAUGGCAGAGACACAAGCUCAAGUGGAUGAACUUAAAGGCAUCAUGGUCCGAAACAUAGACUUAGUGGCCCAAAGGGGAGAGAAGCUGGAGCUGCUGAUAGACAAAACAGAGAAUCUUGUUGACUCAUCUGUCACAUUCAAAACUACAAGCAGGAACCUUGCCAGAGCCAUGUGUAUGAAGAACCUCAAGCUCACCAUCAUCAUCAUAAUAGUAUCCAUUGUCAUCAUCUACAUCAUUGUGUCAGCUGCCUGCGGUGGGCUCACUUGGCCAAGCUGUGUGCAAAAGUAAAUGGAAGCAGUUUGUGCUGAUCAACCAAGGAUGAGAUCGCCAGGGUAUAUGAAGGAGCAACCCACAGAAUAACUCUUAAUCUUUCACUACUGACACCUCAUUCUUUCAUCCUUCCAGGACUUCAGACUUAUUUUUUGCCUUAUCACCCCAAGCAGCCCCCUUGGGUCACCUGGCCCUGAACAGCUUGAGCCUUGAGGGGGGUGGGGCAUGUUUUAAAACUACUUGAAGGGAUUUUUUUGGGAUGGGUUCUGUUUUGUUUGUGUUCUUAUGUCUUCUACAGAGCAUCUUGGCAGGGUGGGCAGUGCUGCUGGCUCAGGAGGAUACAUGCAUGCUCAUCCAUGUAUACAUGCAGCUUUGCACUUUAAUGUGAGUGUCCUAAAUGGAGAGUGGUAGUAUUAGUGGCCUGCCUUCCCUCUCUGUGAGGAGGGCUGGAGAGAACCCAGUGCAAGUGGGUGAAUGUUGGAUGGGGGAGAGAGGGGUGAAAGGCUAUUCUUUUGCUAAUAUGUGGGGACCCAGUUCUCCCUGCAUACUUAAUCCUUUGCAGUACUUCACUGAGAGCCUGCUCUCCUCCCCCCUGCCCCCUCCAGAGCCUGGUUGUUGGGGCUUUAUCUAAGAGCCAUGGAUGCAAAUCCUGGUUGACAUCACAAAUAGAUUAGUGCAGGCUAGACCAAAAUGAGGUUCUUUGGAAAAAGUCCCCCUUCCAUACUGGAACUCCCCUUCCUUGAAGUCUCCUUGGAGAUCUGUACAGUAGGCUGGGGAAGGGGAUUAGGGAUAAACUGGGCACAUUUGAAAUGGUUUUCCACCUGUUGUCUUGGCUCUUACUUCAUGGUUAAGUUGAUAAAGGAAAUGGUUGUGGCUGGGUAAGGUUACAGUAAUUUAACUGCUUUGUCAUUUUGUGGGGUGUCUUUUUUUUUUUUUUAAGGUCUCUCUCCUAUCCUGUUUUACUUUGAUUAUGGAGGAGGCUAAAACUUAGUGCAAAUGUCUGUCACUUGAUAUGAAGUGGAAUUGGGGCCAAACUGCUGCUCUGGAUUCCAGGGAGGAUGCAUGUUGGUGGGGAAGUGCCCUGUGUUUGCACUUCCAUCCCAAUAGACUGCCAAAUGUUUUGAAAACACUGAAUACAGAAAAGGGACAGAAUCAUCAGUUUGCCUAAAUCUCACUGCUUGAAUCCCUCCUGUUAAGGGGGUUCUUGUCUUGUCUACACAUGUAUCCUAGAUUCUAAUGAAUAGUGUGAAACAGCACCAAAGUUAACCAAAGGCCAGGGGUCCCUGACUAAUGCUGCUGUAGGAAGCUCAGAGGGCCAAAAAUAAUCCCAGACUGGCUCUAUCUAGCACCUAAUUAAAGGUUUUUAUAAUCAAUUAUAAGUCCAUUGUCUUGGACAUCCUGAUCAUCAUAGGACUGCCCUCUGCACAGUCCAGUUAUGAAAAGUGAAGUGGUAGCUCAUGUCCAUGCUUGGUGGGGUGUGUCAGAGAAACAUGUUCCAUUUGCACUGUGAAUGACUUGCCAAUUUCUUUCAAGUGGCUCAAGAUUUCUUUCUGAGAGUUUUUAUGGUAGUUUAUUUUUUUCUGUGGAGGAAGAAAUAGAGCCAAAAGCAAAUUUGCAAAAAAACAGGGUGGCUUAACACACAUUGAACUCCAUUGGCACCAGACUGUCCUGUUGUGCUAGCUUGCUUUUCCACUAUAGAAAUUCUGGUUCUUAAGAGUGAAGUUGCAGGGGUGGUGGGGAAGACUUUGCAUCACAGAAGCACAUAUACUGAGGCUUGCACUCUCUCUGGCCUUGGGAAAUAUAUGAGAGCCACAUUGUAUUAGGUCCCCAUGGAAGCAUGCACUAAAACCAAACUGCUGCUCCAGCAUAAACUUGCUUUGCUGCCUACUGUACAGUGUGACUUGAAGGUUUCAAACUGGUACCCAACCCAGCCUGGAUUAGACUUAUGCCAGCUGAGAUCUUUCAAUUGCAAUAAGAGAUGGCAUCUGACAUGUUGGUGACCCCCUGUUCUUGUUCACUUCUGUCACUAGUUGGGCUAAGCAAGUUGGCCAAUGCAGAACUAACUGGAAAUCUGUGUCUGCAGUCCUAGUGACUUACCUGGGAAGACCUAUGGUGAAGUAUCCUUCUUCUCUUUAGCGCACCAUGACCACCCACAAGUCUAUGUGCAAUUGUGCAUGUUUUAGGGAUAGUUUAGAACAUUACUAUAUUGAUUUCCUAGGAGUUGUUGUCUUUAUGUACAAAUACUUUUUAAAGAGAUUAAUUUCCUCUUGUUUUAAAGAAUGCACUGAAGCAUUAUGUAAAACAAAAUUAACCAGUUUAAAUAAAUUUUCCUGUAAA